UUUCCAUGCCAUGAUACUUUAAAAUAUGAAUGUUUUAAUUUUGGCCUUUAAUGGGAAAUUUCAAUACUCGCAAAUCUACUUUAGCAACAAGAACAUGGGUGCCUAUACGUAUCUCGCAAUGCAUAAUAUGUUGUCGCAGAUAUGUUUGGAAGAAAGGAGACGAAGGGAAUACAAAAUAGAGGGAAGAGCAUGAUGAAAACAGAUGAAGAAGAUUGCUGCAGAAAGUAUAGUCACCUGAGGAAAAGAUGGGGGUGGGACGGGGAGGAGAGAGAUAAAUCUAAUAUGAAUACUUGGAGGAGACCUGCGACCUCAGAGAGCUGCCAGUGUUCAGCAGCUUGUCAUGUCCUAUCUCUGUUGAUGGAGACCCUGGAAGAAACUGAACUCUGCUUUCCACAAUUCCUCAACACUUCUUGCAGGAAGAGCAGGCGUCCUCACUCUGCAGCCAUACUCAUUCACAUUCUGGUGGCUUCCAUCUCUCUGCUCACUGCGACUCUAAACAUGCUGGUCAUAAUCUCCAUCUCACACUACAAGUAAAUGAAGUAUUUGUGUUUCAGUCAUGGAUUUUACUUGCUGAUAUGACAAUUGAUGCUACAGAUAAUGAUAAGCAUGUUGCUCUGUUAUCUCUCCAGGCAGGUCCAGACCCCCACCAACCUCCUCCUCCUCUCUCUGGCUGUCUCAGAUUUCUGUGUGGGCCUCCUCAUGUUGCUUCAAACUGUGCUCAUAGAUGGCUGCUGGUAUUUCGGUCCCAUCUUGUGUGCCGUGUAUUAUGUUUCUGACUAUAUUAUUACCUCUGCCUCCAUAGGAACCAUGGUGCUCAUAUCAGUUGACCGCUAUGUGGCUAUUUGUGAUCCUCUCCGUUACCCCACCAAAAUCACUCAAAAAAGAGUUCAAGUCAGUGUUUGCCUGUGUUGGAUGUGUUCUGCUGUUUUUCACAUUGUGCGGUUUAAGAAUAACCUGAAACAACCAGGCAGGUAUAACUCCUGCUUUGGACAGUGUAUGGUUGUUAUUGAUUAUGCUGCUGGACUUGCAGAUCUUUUUUUGUCCUUUAUUGGUCCUGUCACUGUCAUCAUUGUUCUGUAUAUGAGAGUAUUUGUGGUGGCUGUGACUCAGGCUCGUGCCAUGCGGUCUCAUAUUGCAGCUGUGACUCUCCAGUAUUCAGUGACUGUAACUGCUAACAAAUCUGAGAUGAAAGCAGCCAGGACUCUUGGUGUUGUUAUUGUCGUGUUUCUAUUAUGUCUCAGUCCAUAUUAUUUUGUUGCAAUUACAGGCCAGGACACCUUCAUCAAUGCCUCAUCUGCUGCCUUUGUAAUAUGGCUGUUUUAUUUCAACUCCUGUCUUAACCCUGUGAUCUAUGCCUUUUUUUACCCCUGGUUUAGAAAAUCUAUUAAACUCAUUGUUACACUUCAGAUACUGCAGCCUGGCUCCUGUGAUGCCAACAUACUGUAGAGAGAGAGUGUGUGUGUACAAAGAAAUGCUCUUAAAAUGUUUGAGGCCCACAUAUAGCAAUGUUGUUAGGUAAUGAAAAGGUGUAAUUGUCUAUGCAGAUAAAUGAUUUCUUCAUGUUGUUGAUUCAGUGAAUUACACAACCUAAAUAUGUGAGGAAACUGGCAAAGGGAUACCUUUAAUGGUUUGUGACAGGAAUAUGGAAUAGUGAUUGAUUGAAUGAGUCAGUCUCCAUGAGCGUCUGUUGUUUAUUGUCUGUUUCCCAUCUUUUAAAUUACAGACAUUCAACAAUAGUUUAGCAAAUAAGAUAUUAUACAUACUGUAUGUCACAUACAUACGAUGGUUAUUAUUGGAAUAGUCAGCCCAUUCUCAAUUCUAUGACAAAUUGGGAUGAGAACGUGUUUGACUAGGAUCAGUUUAAAUGUUUAUUUUAAAGCAUCUUACAGAAAAAAAUAAUAAAUACAUUUAUUGAAGAAACAAUAAAAAGCCGAGCAGAGGCAAGAAGACAAUGAAAGUGUAUACAAGAAACUUUUACAACAGAAUUAUAAUUCAGGUGAUAUUAAAGCCUUUUUAUAGGUUUUCAAAAAAAAUUGAAAACAUUUUAUUGAGCUGACUGAUCUAAGACUUUGCCAGAGCAUUAAUGGGGUCAGGAGCUCAGUAAAGUAAUGAGGUGACACACAAAAGUUAUGUAAGGAAGUUGGUAAGGCAAACUAAAGACAAGAAAAUAAUUUAAUGUGUCAUGCAAAUCGGUUGUUGGCAAAUGCAUGAUAGCAUUGUUGCAAUGGUAGCUUAAUAAAGCUUUCUGAGAUGAGAAGGAUACGUUGGCACAAACAUAACACACUAAAUUAAAUGAGGAGUUUUGUAAACAACAGAUAUUUUUUUAUUAAAUACUGUAUUGAUAUAACUUUUUCUAGGUCUCAACAUUCUGAGGAAAUAGACACAAAUCUAAAGAAAAGAGAUUUCUGCUGUGUUUACUGACA